GUGCCAAGCUACUGGCGAAAAGAGCCAAGGCACGAGCGUCAGAUGAUUCAAAGAGUGAGACGUCUGAGGCCAGCAAUGGUCAGUCUGGUGUGAGCACAGCUUCAACAUGGGCAUCAUCACCUCCCAAGAAACAGCAGUGGAAGCGCUGGACUGAACCACAGAAGCCUCGGAUGCAAGCCUUGACUGAAGAUGAAGAAAAACAGGCACGCAAGGUCGAGAAGAAGCUGCGCGAGAUUGCAGCUUUGGAAGCUCGGCUUGCUGAAGGUGAAACUUUGGAGGACUUGCAGCAGAAGAAGGUUGACAAGAAGUCAGAGUUUGAGGACUGUGAGGUCAUGCGCAAGUUGCGCUCUGGCUAUAGACGAUGUGAGCUACCAGCCAAAAGCCUGAUUGAGGCAAAGUAACGCCCAGGUGUGUCCAGGCGUGUCAGAUAUGAGCUACGAAACGUAGAUGCAUAAUGAUGCAUAGUGUAUAGAUAUCUAUUUAUAGAUGUUUAUAGUUGCUUUCACCCGAGGCCCUUGCAGCAUCCUUUGUGCAGUGUACAGAUGCAGUCUGUAGUUAGCUAGCUCAUGACUUGCCUUGAUCACUUUGCAUUCAGUAGAUCUUUCCACUUUGCAAGUUGAGUCUGGACUUGUGUACAGCAAACAAGAGUGGAACACGACUAGGAGAAGAGACAUUUAGAAUCAUUUAGAUUCUUUGGAUUUGCUUUUGUAUGGAACAAAAGGAAACGCGUGCACAAGUCUGAAACGGACCCAUGACGACUCAUGCAGUUGCAACUUCACCUGAGGAACCGAUUCAGUUUCAAACCAGUUGAACCCUGCGUAGCUGCCUGUCACUAGGAGAAAUUGCAGUGAGCAUUUGGACUGGUGUUGGCAAAUUGGAAAGCAUAUCAACUUGCCAAUGAAUCACUAAAAACUGUGCAGUGCCGUGAAGUAAGUUGCCACAGCUGGUGGUUUCUCAACUUUCCACAGGUCUGUUUUAUUUUAGUGGUGACCGAUUCUUGAGUACGCAUGAUCACUCCAUCACAUGUCAAUGAUUUGAGUGUUUCUGCGAUGAGCAUUCAGCAUUCUGGCUCAGGCUCACUUCGUACUUCGUCUUUAGGAUAGCAAUCACUUCUUUGCAAUGGCAGCAGUUGAAGCAGUGUGCUCCCGAUGCCAGGGUAAGGGACAUCGUGCUGCUGAUUGUCACCUACCCUUCUUCCGCAGCUGUGAGUACUGCAAGACUGCGGGUCACACUGCCAAGGAGUGUCCGCUCUUGCGACACUGUACUUACUGCAAAUGCGAGGGUCAUACCAAUCGCAACUGUGCCAAGCUACUGGCGAAAAGAGCCAAGGCACGAGCGUCAGAUGAUUCAAAGAGUGAGACGUCUGAGGCCAGCAAUGGUCAGUCUGGUGUGAGCACAGCUUCAACAUGGGCAUCAUCACCUCCCAAGAAACAGCAGUGGAAGCGCUGGACUGAACCACAGAAGCCUCGGAUGCAAGCCUUGACUGAAGAUGAAGAAAAACAGGCACGCAAGGUCGAGAAGAAGCUGCGCGAGAUUGCAGCUUUGGAAGCUCGGCUUGCUGAAGGGGAAACUUUGGAGGACUUGCAGCAGAAGAAGGUUGACAAGAAGUCAGAGUUUGAGGACUGUGAGGUCAUGCGCAAGUUGCGCUCUGGCUAUAGACGAUGUGAGCUACCAGCCAAAAGCCUGAUUGAGGCAAAGAUCCCAAGGGAGAUUAACCACCAGCCAGACACGUACGUUCCAGGGGCUCAAGUCUACGACCAGUGGGGACACCUCAGCCCAGAAUGCCACAUUGGGGGGAACCCCAAGUCAUCUGCUGCAGCUGCCAGUUGCAGCUGCAGUGAGGACAAGCAGUGGCGCACCUUGGCAUAUGUUGCCCUCCUGUCAAGGUGGCAACUCUCCGGGCCCUAUGCCCUGCCGCCACUUCUCUGGGCACAUUUUAACUCCGCGGGACUCAGGCAGAAUCCCUGUGGCAGUGGGCAGGAAGCACAACGUUUGCCGCUUGGCCUGGCAGUGGACGGCUGCCACAAGAACAGGUCGCCCAGGGCGGUGCUUUCUCCUCGUGCAGUUGCAUCACCCCGGGUAGCACCCAUUCCCUUCGGGGCAGGUGGACCUGUUGCCCGGCCCUCCAUGGUGCAAGCGGCUCCGCAGAGGCCUGGGAGCAGAUCAAACUUGGACCCCUGGGGCCCUGGAUAUGAAGAUUGA